GAGGGGCACGGCGGCGGCGGGAGGAAGCGGCGGCAGCACCGCUCCUCCCCGGCUCCUCCCCGCGCCCUGGGAGGUGCCACCGCCCCCGCCUCCAUCUGCGGGGCGGCCGCUGUGGCGGAACCGGCUCCUCCCCGGCGCGGGCGGCGCCAUCUUACCCCCCCCUCCCUCAGCGGCCGUGGCGGUGGCGGGCGGGGGGAACAGCGCGAAGCCGUCGCCGCUUUUCCGUCCCCCUCGUUUCUCGCCUUGGUCCAGGCAGCGCGUGGAGGGGAAGGACCGAGGUUCAGUGCCUGCCCCUCGCUUUCCCCUCUCGGCUGUCCGCACACGGGGUGGGGGGACCGGGCACCACAAGCUGCUCCCACCUUCCUUCCAUCAUUCCUCCCCUGCACAUCUCAGCCUCCUCAUCUAUCCAUCCAUCCAUCCAUCCAUCCCCAGGGAUGAGCAGCACUGUGGCCAGCCCGAUGUCAGCAGUUGCCUCUUCAAGCAGUGGAAGAAAAUCAACAAGCUUUACACUUGAAUUGCAGAGCAUGAUGUUUUCCCUGGGAGAUGCUCGCAGGCCACUCCAUGAAACGGCAAUUCUGGUGGAAGACAUUGUCCACACUCAGCUGAUAAAUUUGACUCCUGGCUCAGUCAGCUGGCAGUGGUUUGGAUUGACUGGACUGACUGUGUGCCAAAGCCUUUCCAGUUCAUACCCAGUUAGAGGAUGUACAAGCUUAAAUUAUCAAGCAUUGUUGCAGCAAGCAGCUGAAGUUUCUCAGAUGAGAGGAUCUCGAGUCAUCUCUGCUGAAGAUCUCCUGUUCUUAAUGCGCAAAGAUAAGAAGAAGCUUCGAAGGCUACUUAAAUACAUGUUUUUUCGAGACUACAAAUCUAAAAUUGUCAAAGGAAUAGAAGAAGAUGACCUCCUCGAAGACAAAUUCAACAGCAAUAACACCAACAAGCGGCAGAAGCUGGCCCAGGACUUUCUCAACUCCAUUGACCAGACUGGAGAACUCUUGGCCAUGUUUGAAGAUGAUGAGAUUGAUGAUGUCAAGCAGGAGCGGAUGGAGAGAGCAGAAAGACAAACACGAACCAUGGACUCAGUCCAGUAUGCAGAAUUCUGUGAAAGUCGGCAAUUGAGUUUUUCAAAGAAAGCAUCCAAGUUCCGUGACUGGCUGGACUGUAGCAGUAUGGAAAUAAAGCCAAAUGCAGUUGCAAUGGAGAUUUUGGCAUAUUUAGCAUAUGAAACUGUGGCCCAGCUGGUGGACUUGGCCCUUUUGGUUAAACAGGACAUGACUCCCAAAGCUGGUGACCCAUUCAGUCAUGCCAUAUCUGCCACCUUCAUACAGUACCACAACUCUACUGAGCCACACCUCUUAGGGCAGUCUACGAGUGUGAAGACCAGUCUUGACUCCCCUGAGAACACACCACCCCCCACACCUACCCCGCCAGCAUCAGCAGGGCAGCAGCACCUUGGGAAAACCCCCUCAGGAGCCUUGGGGAAUGGUGGAAUUGGACAGGACUCCACCAAAUCCAAACAAAGGAAAAGAAAAAAGAGCACUGCAGCCUGUGGGAUGGAGGCUCAAAGUGAUGCCAUCCAGCCCAGCCACAUCAGAGAGGCCAUUCGACGCUACGGCCACAAGAUUGGCCCCCUUUCCCCAUUCACAAGUGCCUACCGCAGGAACGGGAUGACUUUUCUCGCCUGCUGAUGUGGAUGUGGCUGCAGCAACAGGAAAGACAGUAUUAUAUUAAGGUGAUUUUCUUUUCCCCUCCGUGGAAGGAAAAAAAAUACAAGCUCCAAUGUCUCCAAGUACCAGUGAGUGGGCUGGUUUGUUGUGACUAUCUGCUGGCUGUCUCUGUCUCCUUUUCCAGCCCCCUCAAUCGUUAUUCUUGUUUACUAGCUGGAACAUUUAGCUAAUUAAUGGCAGGAUGUUUGGGAUAGGGUGUAGGUGGACAAGAAUGCAGCUCAGACAAUGCUGGAGUUUGCAGGGGACUUUCUGACUGCCAUGUCAUUUUUAUUUAAGUGUCUGGAAGUCUGUAUGUUCUCCAAAAGAUGUUUCUUUGUAAAGCAGGAUAGGGCAGGAAGAAGCCAGAGAUAGACUGAGUUGUAUUGGUUUAUUAGGUUGUAUAAAGGUUAUGUAGUUUUCUUUGCAAUUUUUUACAAGAAGAAAAACUUUUUGCCUCUAUUUUCUACUAAUUUCCACUUAUAUCUCUCAAUUAAUAUAAGUGUUCACAGAGUAUAACCCAGUUUAAUCCAGUGAGGCGAUUUUGAUGACAGGCAUACCAAGUUUGAAUGCAAAGAUACUCAGGAAAAGUUCAGGUAAACUACACUUCACCAGUUAGAGGCUUGGUUUUUAGCAGGCCCAAAGAUAGGCUAAGUGCUCACACCCAAAUUUUCAAUAUUGGCAUCUCCGAAGGUUUGAACCAUCAUUGUCCAAAAUCAAAGAAAGCCUUUGCAGUGACUUGGCACUGGAUUGGGCCCCUAUUUGGAAAAAUACAUUCUAAAGUGUUUGAAUAACUGUGUCUGUCUCAGUGGUUGUAGGCAAGGGCUUAACGUUGUGUACUUGCUCAGCGUUUGCUGCAGGAAGCAGAUGUUGUCCCUGUUGUUGACAAAGGCAGCAUUUCUGUUGGAUUUGGUUAAAGAAGAAACCAGCUCUUUUUGCCUUUUUUUUAAUAUAUUUUAGCUAACAUUGUUUGUUUUCAAGAUUUUUUUUUUUUUAAUCUCAGUCCCUGCCUCUAUGCUUAUUCCCGUCCCUUUGCUCCUCCAGCCUUUGCUGGCCUCACAAACACAUUCACUUCUUCCCAUAAAAACUGUACAAAUAUAGAGCUAACCACGAUGAUGCUUGAGCAGAGAAAAGGGCUCCUGCUUCAGCCUGUCACCAGGAUCUGCUGGCACAUCCUGCUGGUGUCCCUGUGGUACCCACAGGUCAGGGGUCUUCUUCAGCUGCCCAGAGCUCAGGCUUGGAAUCCAGCUUAAGCCUCAAAUUAAUACAGAACACUCAAGGGAUCAAGAGGAGAACAGCAAAGUAUUUUAUAUAGUGCAGCCAUCCUCCUCCUUUCUGCUUAGUAUGUGAGGUCUUCAUUUUCAUUCCUGCUCUGUGCUCUUGUGCUCUUUUGUAGGUAGUUUUGUUGUCCUGCUCUCCUGGACCUGCUUGCAAAGACUUUAAAUAUAUGUAUAUUUUCUAAAUAAAUGGAAAAAUGUCUGUUUGCAACCAAAAUAUUGUAAAAGUGAAUGUUGUACGUCCACUAUUGCUGCCAUUCAUAAAUUGCUUUUCUCUUUUAUCUGCUUACGCUUCUGUUUUUUGGAAAUUUUUUGUGUGUAAAGGACUAAAAGUAGUGUGUAAAAUGUAUUAAAUGAAGAAGGGGGGACGUUUUCUGAUGUUCCAUUUGUGCUUUUUGAAAUAUAUGAUUAAACUUUUCUUUUUAUCAUCA